GACCGACGGAGAGCAUCUGCACGAACAAUGAACCGGAUUUAACGGGGAAAUACUCGAUUAAACGGACAUGAAGUGGCCGUGAGAGGAGCCGGGGGGACGAGGGGACCGGUCUGGACGGGAGCGGCGGUUUUUUUGGAGGGAUUUCUGCGGUGUAAAUGACCUCUGUCGAUACAGGGAAUUAGACAUUUCCAAUACUUAGUUGCCUGCAGUCAUUCUUCUGGGAGAUAUUGACACUGUCUCCACUUUAACCCUCCCUGCUCUGUCAGCAGACAACGUAUCUUACUUUAAUGUCUUUAUUUAUUUGUCUAAAUAGCUGCUCCAUUACAGUCCACUGUUUCUAAAAUGCCAUUCAUUUUCUGCAUUUACCCUAAAAAGCUCUUUGUACUCCACUUAUCAACUCACACCUGCUUCAGCUGUUGGAGUGAGCUGUAAUCACCGCAGAUCACUCUUCCCCCUCUGCCCCGCACUGACUGCUUUAAUGCCAUCAGUCUGCCGGAUGUCAUGAGUUGGCCAUCUGUUGUGGGAAGAACCUGCUUAGACCUGCAAGCAGAUUAACCAGAGAGAGGAGGAUCCAGGGGCGUCAGCCGGGACAUUUCUGUGCCAGGACCGGGGAGGAUGCUGAGGGCCACGGCGGGCUCGCUGGAGGACAGGGAUGAGGAGCAGGAGGAUGAGGGCGAAGAAGAGCUGAGGGAUGGAGGGGUUCCCUUCUAUGUGAACAGGGGAGGCCUCCCGGUGGACGAGGAGACCUGGGAGAGGAUGUGGCGCCAUGUGGCUCGAAUCCACCCCAGUGGAGAAGCUCUGGGGAAGGAGAUCAGGGGCGCCAGCGACCUGCCCAAGAUUCCAGUGCCGAGCGUGCCUACAUAUCAGCCCACCGCCACCGUCCCACAGCGCCUGGAAGCCAUACAGAAGUACAUCAGGGAAUUGCAGUACAAUCACACAGGAACACAGUUUUUCGAGAUAAAGAAGAGCCGUCCUCUCACAGCGUUGAUGGACAUCGCCAAGGAGAUGACUCGAGAGGCGCUGCCCAUCAAGUGUCUGGAGGCCGUCAUCCUGGGGAUUCACCUCACCAACAGCCUGCCCGGAGUGGAGCGCUUCCCCCUCAGCUUUAAGUCGCACUUCUCAGGGAACCACUUCUACCACAUCGUGCUGGGAGUCCACAGCGGGGGGCGCUUCGGCGCGCUGGGCAUGAGCCGCCGGGAGGAGCUCAUGUUCAAGCCCCUGGAGUUCAAGACGCUGACCGACCUGGUGCAGGAGUUCCAGGGGGCCUACAGGGGCUACUGGCACACCCUGCGCAAGGUCAAGAUCGGCCAGUACGUGUCCCACGACCCGCACAGCGUGGAGCAGAUCGAGUGGAAGCACUCCAUCCUGGACGUGGACAAGCUGAGCAAGGAGGAGCUGCGCAAGGAGCUGGAGCGGCACAGCAGAGACAUGAGGCUGAAGAUCGGGAAGCCCGCCCCUCCCUCCCCCACCAAAGACCGGAGGAACAGCAUGGGCUCCCCGCUCCGAGGGCCGGCCAGCCCCGUCCGGAGAAUCAGCCGCGUGGAGAGACGCCCGUCUGGAGACAAGAAGGUUUUGGAGCAGAAAUCAUCAACAGACAUGAAUGGAUAUCAGAUCCGGGUGUGAAGAAGUUGUGGGAUUAAAGGU